AUGGUGAGAGAUACUUUUCUGAAAAAUCCAGAAGUUGAUAUGAAAUUACGACUUAUCGGGAGAAGGGAGCAGGAUGGAAGAACAUAUAAUCUACCGACUGCUUCUGAGGUUGCUGCUUUAAUUAUUGGUGACAUUUCUGAUUCAAUUGAAAAGAGGGAUAUCGUCGUUCAAACAAAAAAUGGCUCUCUACAACGUAUCAGUGAGUUGCAUCCUUCGUACCUUCCUCUCCAAUAUCCAUUACUAUUUCCAUAUGGGGAUGAUGGUUACAGUGUUGACAUUCUUCAUAGAGGCGUGUCAUUUACGACCAACACCAAGCGUGCGAAAUGUACAAUGACAGAAUAUUUCGCUUAUAGGAUUCAAGAUAGAGAUCAUUCGUUCUCUCUCAUUCUUAAUUCAAAAAGGUUGUUUCAACAGUUUCUGGUAGAUGCCUAUACUAUGAUGGAAACGGAGAGAUUGUACUACAUACGUAGGCAACAACAUGUUCUUAGAUGUGAUUCUUAUGAAAAUUUACGUAACCAAAAAGCUCAAGGAACGACUGAUAUCUCCAAUGUCGGCCAACGUGUCAUAUUACCUUCGUCCUUUACUGGUGGAGCACGCUAUAUGUUGCAAAACUAUUUGGAUGCUAUGUCACUAUGUAAAUGGUUUGGAUAUCCUGAUUUUUUCAUAACCUUUACGUGUAAUCCCAAAUGGCCUGAGAUUAAAAGGUUUCUUAAGGAUACUUCACUUCAACCAGAAGACAGACAUGAUAUAUUAUGUAGGUUGUUCAAGAUCAAGCUUGAUGCAUUCAUUAAAGACUUAAGGGAGAAUCAAAUUUUCGGCAAAGUUCAAGCAUAUGUUUAUAUCAUUGAAUUUCAAAAAAGAGGUUUGCCGCAUAGUCAUAUAUGUCUAUUCAUGCAUUCUGACAACAAGCUACCAACUGUUGAACUUAUCAAUCUGAUAAUUUCAGCCGAGAUACCAGACAGAAUUGAAGAUCCUGAAUUGUAUUCACUUGUGAAUGAGUUUAUGAUUCAUUGUCCAUGUGGAGCUGAAAAUAUGAAUUGUCCAUGCACGGUGGACAAAAAGUGCUCUAAAAGCUUUCCAAAACAAUUCUGUAAUCAUUCGUCUGUUGAUCAAAAUGGUUUUCCGUUAUACAGGCGAAGAAAUGAUGGUCAUUUUGUAGAAAAAUCAGGUGUAAGGUUGGAUAAUAGAAAUGUUGUUCCAUACAACAAAUAUCUAUUGAAAAGAUACCGGGCACAUAUUAAUAUUGAAUGGUGCAAUCAGGGAUCUUCUAUAAAGUAUUUGUUUAAAUACAUAAAUAAGGGUCCUGACAGAGCUACAGUUGCUGUUGUACCAGCCAACAAUGAAUGUGAAAAUAAUGAUGUGGUCGAUGAAAUAGCUGAAUAUUACGAUUGUAGAUAUUUAUCAGCAUGUGAAGCAUCAUGGCGAAUUUUUAAAUAUGAUGUUCAUUGCAUAUAUCCUUCUGUUGUCAGACUACCUUUUCAUCUACCUAAUCAACAACAAAUUGUAUAUGGCGAAGACGAUGAUAUUGAUGAUGUUCUUGACAAACCUUUUGUUGCGGCUUCAAAGUUCACAUCUUGGAUGGAGUGUAAUGCAAUCGACAGUGAAGCACGAAAACUUACAUAUGUUGAAUUUCCUACAAAGUUUGUUUGGAUAUUAAAUGGUCGGUUUUGGAAGCGAAGGAAAGUAGGAAAAGUCAUCGGUAGAAUUCAUUCGGUUUCACCUAAACUAAGUGAAGCAUAUUUCUUAAGGAUUCUUUUAAAUAAAGUAAAAGGUCCGACAUCAUUUGAUGAAAUUCUCACGGUAAAUGGUCAAAGACAUUCUUCUUUUAGAGAUGUUUGUUAUGCACUCGGGCUAUUAGAUGAUGACAAGGAAUACAUUGAUGCAAUUAAAGAAGCAAGUCAUUCUGGAUCUGAAUUGUCACUCGGAGUAGAUGAACUUAAAAACUUAACUUUGUUCGAAAUAGAACAAAUUUUACUUCGAAACAACUCUACUCUCAAAAACUUCAAAAAUAUGCCAUACCCAGAUGUUGAAUCCGUUUCUUCUUCAAACAAUCGACUAAUCACCGAGGAGCUAGAUUACGACAUUCCCGUUUUAAAGAAUGACUAUGAUCGUAUGUUUCUUGCAUCAACAAAUGAGCAACGUAACAUUUUCCUAAACAUCAUGAGUGUUAUUCAAGAAAAUAAAGGAGGUGUCUUCUUCGUUUACGGUUAUGGUGGAACAGGAGAAGGCAAACUUGGUGGUCCGAAUGACGGUGAAACGAUUAUCGAUAUUCCUGAUGAUAUUCUCAUUAAUGAUUCACAUGAUUCUAUAGGUUCCUUAAUUGAGUUUGUAUAUCCGUCAAUUUUGGAGAACUAUAGUAACACAAAUUAUUUCGAAGAAAGAGCGAUACUUGCUCCAAAAAAUGAAGUUGUUCAGGAAAUAAACGACCGUUUGCUUAACAAGUUUCCAGGAGAUGAAGUUGAAUAUUUAAGUUCAGACAGCAUAUGUGAAUCCGAAUUUGUCCAUGAUCAGUUUGAUUCAAAUUUAUACUCUCCUGAUGUAUUAAAUGGUCUCAAAGUAUACGGUUUACCAAAUCAUAAGUUAGUUUUAAAAAUUGGUGAUUGA